AAUGAGAGUAGUCAACUAGUCAAGAUAACAUCCGUUACAACCCCAGCGGUGCUCUGCCUCCCCAGCGCCCCAUUCAGAAAAAUGUCUGUUUCUCCGGUCCGAUUCGGAAUCAUUGGAUGUGCAUAUAUCGCCCGGAAACUGUCUCGGGCCAUCAAUCUUUCUCAAAACGCCGUCCUUCAGGCCGUCGGCAGUCGCAGCCUCGAAAAGGCCGAGAAAUUUGCCGCCGAAAACGGUUUCCCGGCAUCCGCUAAGAUCUACGGCAGCUACGAGGCCAUUCUCGACGAUCCCGAAGUCGACGCCGUGUAUGUUCCCCUGCCGACGAGCCUGCACGCCAAGUGGGCCGUCUUGGCGGCGCAGAAGAAAAAGCACUUGCUGCUCGAGAAGCCGGUUGCUCUGAGUGCCGAGGAGUUCGAUACGAUCGUAGAAGCGUGUGAAUCCAAUGGGGUGCAGUUCAUGGACUCUACCAUGUGGAUGCACCACCCUCGCACUGUGAAGAUGAAGGAGUUCCUCUCAAAUCCCGACCUGUUCGGUGAACUCAAAUCAGUGCAUAGCUCUUUCACAUAUGCUGCUGAUCCAGACUUUCUAGAAAACGACAUCCGUGUGAAGCCAGAGCUUGAUGCCCUUGGUGCACUCGGUGAUGCCGGGUGGUACUGUGUCAGGUCCAUUUUGUGGGCUGCUGAUUUCCGACUGCCGAAAACCGUUGUUGCUUUCAGGAACCCCGUCUUCAACAAAGCAGGGGUGAUCAUGGCUUGUGGUGCUUCCUUGUUUUGGGAAGACGGGAAACUUGCAACUUUUGAGUGCUCCUUUUUGUCUAACUUGACAAUGGACCUCACAGCCAUUGGCACGAACGGGACUCUCAAUCUCCACGACUAUGUUAUCCCUCUUGAAGAGAAGAAGGCUUCGUAUUUCACUGGGACAAAAACUGGAUUUGAUGAGCUUGUGACGGCAUGGGAUUCAAAGCCAAGUGAGCACAUUGUCAACACUGACCUUCCCCAGGAAGGUCUCAUGGUGGAGGAGUUUUCGAGGCUAGUCGCCAGUAUUAAAGGCGACGGUGCAUCCAAACUUGAAGAAAAGUGGCCGACCUUUAGUAGGAAGACUCAGCUGGUUCUGGACGCUGUCAAGGCAUCAAUUGAGAAUGGGUUUGAGGCUGUAGAGGUUAUGGGUUAGACAAAUCUAAUGUGUGUGAAUAAAUUCUAUGUCGGGGAAGCUAUGUAAUGCUUUUUACUGGUCUUGAAUAAGCAGUGUAUUGCUCUGUAUUCACUGUCGUGCCUUGUGAUUAUUGAGUUAAAUCCUCGAAGUGACUAACUGUGGUGAAACCGAAUUCUGCUGACAAAUUGAUUGAAACCGAACCGACCA